AUGUCAAUUCGUGUCCCAGGAAAUGUCCAAGAGCUUGUUUGGCUUCAAGAACUUCCACUAGGACUAGUACAUGGACAAACAUUUGAGCACUUCAUCUAUAUAAAUCAUACACUCCAAUUAGCUGUUCACUACAGCUCAUCUGUAACUCAACAUCAUAUUGUUCCGAAUCAGUUACAAAUCCAAAAUAUCGAGUCAAAUGCAUGUGAUGAUCAGCAACCAUUUCUUGACAAUACAAAUAAUAACCAAUUAGUUGCGGCACAUCAACAAUCUGAUGAAAUCAAAACAACAAAACCCAAUCAAUGGUUUGAUAUGACACUGUUAAAGGAUUAUGCCUUUAUACUAUUCUUAAUAUCAAACCUUUUAACAAAUUUUGGUUUCAAUGUACCAUACUCUUUUACGGAAGAUUUGGCGAAACAACACGGUAUACGGGAAGAAAGUAAACAUAUCACAAUGGCUAUUGGUAUUGGAAGCAUUGCAGGACGAGUAGUAAUAGGAUUUCUGGGCGAUAUAAAAAAGGUGAAUCGUUUGCUCUUGUAUAUUUUGACAUUAAUAAUUGCUGGUAGCGCUACUGCAUUAGAACCAUUAUUAGCACUAAAAUUCGGUCAUCAUCUAUCUCUUCAUAUAAUAUACGCUGUUAUAUUUGGCUUUUCUACUGGGGGAUAUAUUGGAAUCACAUCUGUCGUUCUGGUAGAUCUGGUUGGCUUAGAAAAGUUCUCCGAUGCAUUUGGUCUAGUAUUAGUAGUUCAAGGUGUGGCGAUAGCUUUCGGUCUACCUAUCGUUGGUAUGUUUUGCCAAGAUAAAUUGCUCAUAUUU